CUGAACGUAGUUGCUCAUCGUCUUACUCAUCUAGUGCCACGAGUACGAUUUUUUACAGUUGAAAAGUACUUGUGUUGUUUCGUUUUUCAAGAUGCCUACCCAAGCGCCUUGUCUCCUUGUCCUCAUUUUCCUGGUAACGGAAGUGAGGGGCUACAGCACCGGAGCGCCAUCUGAUGGAUGCUGGAGUGAGCGCCCUUUCCAUGACGACAACCUUCCCAGCCACACUUGCGCGCCUUAUGUGAUCGACCUGGAGAAGGAUGACCCGCAAGAUGCUUACACAGCUCGCGAUAUUAUAAAAGUCAGGAUCCGCAGCGUGGACGGCACACCUUUCCGGGGAUACCUACUGAAGGUGACAGGCAGCAGCGGGGUUGCCCACGGACGGUGGGCUGCCCACAAAACCAACCAGAAACACCUGAGCACCUGUGGCGUGACCCACGCCAACGCCACGGACCAGACUGAGGUCACUGUCCUGUGGCAGGCUCCCAAGGACCCCAGCAUGGGCGCCAUUCAGUUCAAGGCCAUUGUUGUGAAAAACUACACAACGUUUUAUCAGAACGUCUUGUCCCGGGCGCUGAAGCCUCAUUACUCCGUGGACAAAGUCAAAGACCUCUUCGACCGCCUGCUGGCCUUCACGAGGAUUGACUGGAAUGGCACCGCUGUACCACCCGUACCUGUACCUGUCCCUCCCGGUCAGACCCCCUAACCGCCCGAAGUCGGUCUCCAGAAAACAACUUGUCACACCGUAGCCUGCACGUGUUCUUGUUCUUCCCACGGACUAAUAAUAAUAAUAAUUAUCACGAAUGAAGCACGACACGAUGAUGAAAGGGCGUACAUCAAAACAUGCAAGCAGACCGACAGACACACAAAACUACACAAACGCAUGUAAGCAUUUCCUCUGGUUACAUGUAAUACAUUGUACCUUGGUUACAAGUAAUACAUUGUACCCUA